AUGACCGCUCAUACCGGUCAUCCAGGCGUAGAAGGUCUUCUCGCGAUUGAUUCUGACCUGAACAGUGACGAUGAAAAACGCGAAAAGAAGAAAAUGCUCCGAAAAGAGCUUGUUACCACCGGUCUUGCGACAGUGGCCACGAUACAUGCCGCGCACGGUGUAUUGAAAAAUCUCGAAGCUCAGAAGAAACGACACGAGGCCGUCAAGUCGGGUGCUAUUACGGAAGAGCAGGAACGAAAGAUGCAAAGGAAAGCAGAUUUGAAGAAUGUGGCGUCGAUCGGAUUGGCUGCGUUGGGUAUUAAGGGCGCUAUUGGUGAAUGGAAGGAAGUACAAGAACAACGAAAAGAACAUAAACGAUUCGAACAGCAAUGCAAGGAACGACAUGAAAGGCGAUUACAACGUCGAGCUCACAGUGCAGGAGGCAGCAAUGGAUAUUCGAGAGAGUCUCGAUCCAGAGCUGCUAGUACAGCUAGUAUGGGCAUGAAUAGUGGGCAUGAUUAUGGACAUCAUGCAUCACAUUAUUAUGACGGAAACCCUUAUGGUGGAGGGAGCGUUCCAGUUGAUGUUUAG